AGGCCUUCAUUGAAAGAUUUACACAUCAUAAUAUACAAAAUGGUACUCUUUUCAAAUUUAUGCCGCCGGUUUAGUACGAAAAUCAAAACGGGUAAUAGAAGUGUAAAGGUUUUAAUCUCCAGUGAAAAUGAUAUAUAUUUCAAUCUAGCGUUGGAAAACGCGCUAUUGAAAUCUUAUGGGAAGAAUAUGGCCAUAGACAACAAAUAUGAAGUACCAAUACUAUUCUUAUGGCGUAAUUCACCAUGUGUUAUCGUCGGGUGUAACCAAAAUGUUUGGUCGGAAUGCAACCUUGAUAACGUUAGGAAGGACGGUGUUAACCUAGUACGAAGGUUCACUGGAGGCGGAGCGGUGUACCAGGACCUUGGCAACACGUGUUUCACGUUUAUUUCUUCUCCGAAGGACUAUAGCUUUGAAAGGAACUGUAAUUUAAUUUGCUCAGCGGUUACCAAACUCAUAGGUGAAAAGUGCGAACCUAGUGGAAGAAAUGAUCUAUGUGUAAACGGAUUGAAAUUUUCCGGAUCAGCUUUCAAAUUGUUACCUAAUGCAGCAUUACAUCACGGAACCCUUUUAAUCAAUAUCAACCAAGGAUCACUAGACAAGUAUCUUACUCCUGAUAUAUCUAAGUUGGAGAAGCACAAUGUUAAAAGCGUUAAAGCGCGUGUGACUAAUCUAUGUCAAUUUAAUGAAACGGUGACGCAUGAAAUGAUAUGCAAUGCUAUAAUCGAUGAAGUGGCAUCGUUUUACAAAUCUCCCACGACAAAUGUAGAAUAUAUUGAUGCGAAGGCGAAAUGCUGUAAUGAUGAAGCAUUCCAGGAGUGCUAUCACAAGUUGAAAGACACCAAGUGGAUAUAUGGUGAAGAAAUGAAACGGUUUAAGUCAUUGAAGCAACGGUUUGAUUUUGGCUCGAUUGAAAUUUGCUUUGAUAUACAAGAUGGGAAUGUAGUUAAAUUUUGGGUAUAUUCGGACUCUUUGGAAACAGAUUUUAUAACAUGGCUACAAUUGAAGCUUAACCAAACAGCAAUCAAUGUUCCGUAUGAAGAAUUAGGAGAGACACUGAAACAUUUGGAAUAUGAGGCGUCAAAUGACGUCCUAGUUGCAGUGAAGAAAUGGUUAAUAUCGUCCUUGUCUAAUGAAGUCGAUGGAACAAUCAAAAACAAUGUCUAAAUGCUACAAUGAAUC